AUGGCUAAGAACCGCAACAAGAAUUACGUAGUAUUGGUCCUUGUUCUGAUAAUUUUGGUGGGAUCAGUUCUACUAGCCACUGAAGGACGACCGGUCAAGUAUGGUUCGACAGCGUUGGCCCAGUUGAGAGAUUCACCUGUGUACAAUGGAAGCGUAAUGUCUAAGCUUAAACCAGUUGAGUCAUCUGUGCAAGAUGUUUCUUGGCUAGCCACAGUGAAACAGUCCGGACCAAGCCCAGGGGUUGGUCAUCAUCGAGCCACGGGAUACAAGACCUUUGGACGAGUCAGAGACGAGUCUGGUCCUAGUCCUGGUGUUGGACACUAA